AGCGUGGGGUUUCCCAGCGCUGACUGCAGGGUUACCGCGCCCAUCUCGUCGUUCGAUGGCCGGACGAGAGAGUGUUAGCACGGCAAGGGGCAGAUGUGAAGCUCGGCAACAAAAAAAGAAAAGACAAGGGGGGAGACAGUAGGCUGUCUUGUUAAGUGAAGUAUAGUGACUUUAAAGAUUUUUUUUUUGUCUGCCUGGGCAGUGUCUUCAGUAUAAGGCUUAGUGGGUGUGAUUCCCCCCCCCUCCUCCUCCUCCUUCACCUCCUCCCCCUCCUCUUCUCCCCUCUCCGGUUGGUUGACGGAGGUUGUCAAGCUCCCCUUAGCCGUUAGCCUGCGUUCGGGAAGGGCUGCUCCACGGGAGAAACUAACGCUAGCUGGCUGGUUGCUAGUUAGUGAAGCUAGCGCUGAUCGGAAAGGUGUAACACCCCGUCUUGAUUUCCAGUCAAUGCCAAAGCGCAAAAGAAAGAAAAAAAAAAGCAAGCAGAUUGAAUCAGAUCAACAAGUGCCCCGGUAGCUGGAGUAAGGUAAUUAAAAAAGCAGAAUAAAAUGAGUGAACUGGACCAGUUACGCCAAGAGGCAGAGCAGCUCAAAAAUCAGAUCAGAGAUGCCAGGAAAGCAUGCGCAGAUGCCACACUAUCACAGAUCACAGCUAAUAUUGACCCCGUUGGCCGAAUCCAGAUGCGUACAAGACGAACGCUGCGGGGUCAUUUGGCUAAAAUCUAUGCCAUGCAUUGGGGAACAGAUUCCAGGCUCUUGGUCAGUGCCUCUCAAGAUGGCAAACUCAUUAUUUGGGACAGCUAUACCACAAAUAAGGUUCAUGCCAUUCCACUUCGAUCUUCCUGGGUCAUGACUUGCGCAUAUGCACCUUCAGGAAAUUAUGUGGCCUGUGGUGGCUUAGACAACAUCUGCUCCAUUUACAACCUGAAAACACGUGAGGGGAAUGUACGCGUGAGCCGUGAGCUCGCUGGACACACAGGAUACCUGUCCUGUUGUCGCUUUCUUGAUGACAACCAGAUUGUUACAAGCUCUGGAGAUACCACUUGUGCACUUUGGGACAUCGAGACUGGCCAGCAGACAACCACAUUUGCCGGGCACACAGGUGAUGUCAUGAGCCUGUCAUUGGCCCCCGACGCGCGAAUAUUCGUCUCUGGUGCUUGUGAUGCUUCUGCUAAACUCUGGGAUGUUCGAGAGGGCAUGUGCAGACAGACGUUCACCGGCCAUGAGUCUGACAUCAAUGCCAUCUGCUUCUUCCCUAAUGGCAAUGCCUUUGCCACGGGCUCCGAUGAUGCCACCUGCAGGCUGUUUGAUCUGCGUGCUGAUCAGGAAUUAAUGAUCUACUCACAUGACAAUAUCAUAUGUGGCAUCACCUCUGUUGCAUUCUCAAAGAGUGGCCGUCUUCUUCUGGCGGGAUAUGAUGACUUCAACUGUAACGUGUGGGACACACUAAAAGCUGACCGUGCUGGUGUGUUGGCUGGACAUGACAACCGUGUUAGCUGCCUGGGAGUUACUGAUGAUGGCAUGGCAGUUGCAACGGGAUCCUGGGACAGUUUUCUGAAGAUCUGGAAUUGAAGCCUGAAGAUGUUCUUUUAACUCCAAAGUUGACUGGAAGACCAUUACAACUUCAGAAUGUUCACAGCAUCUUCUUCAACACUGUUUAAACUGACUUGGACACCACAAAAACGAAGGGAAACCAAUGCCUUUCCUACACAAAGAAGAGCACAAUUGUUUAUCACCUAGUUAAGAAAGGAUCUCCUGUGGUAUCAAAUCAGAAACUUGUGCAUUCCUUCUUGGACCAUUUUAUGUUACCUUGAAAGAGAAAAACAACACUAUCAUCCCAUGCAAAUGUGUGCGUCUUGAAAGCAAAUGUUGGAGUGUAAUUGUACAAAUUAUUUAACUUUUUUUUUUUUUUUUUUUUUUUUU